CCACAAGGUAUGGAAGCCUCGACAGUGACCUUACACGCACUAUCAGCAGGACACUUUACAUUACCUGAAUAUCAAUUCGUGUCUCCGGCAGCUGAUACGGUGCGCAAGACUGUGCCGUCACUUGCAUUCCUGAUCCAACAUCGCGAUGCUGCGACAGGGCAUCUGACUCGACUUGUCUUCGAUUUGGGACUGAGAAAGAAUACCAGAAGAUAUCCUACACCUAUUCAACAUCACAUAACAACAAGACAGCCCAUGACGACCGAGCCAGAUGUCGUCAGUAGCCUGGCCAGAGGAGAUCUAUCACCAAGCGAUAUUGAUUAUAUUAUCUACUCGCACGUGAGCAAUCCUAGAUAUGCACAUAUNGUUCAUUGGGACCACGUCGGAGAACCAAGCGACUUCCCAACCUCAACCUUUAUCGUUGGACAUGGGACAUUCGCUGUCCUUGAUGGUACAACAGGAAAAUCUCGCGGUGGCCAUUCAUUCUUUGAGCAUGAUCUGCUGCCAAAAGAUCGAAGCGUUGAACUUCCCGAUCCAAAUGGAGAUUCACAGGAAGGGCCGUGGCAGCAAUCAUCAAGGAUGAAAGGUCUGGACACAACACAAAUAUGGCAACCAUACAAGAACAUUACAAAAACAUACGACCUGUUCGGCGACGGUACUCUGCUGAUAGUAGACUCACCAGGACAUUUGCCCGGUCACAUUAACUUGUUGGCAAGGACAGGCGAGGACCAGUUCGUCUAUCUUGCAGGAGAUGCUUUCCAUGACCGCAGACUUUUGACUGAAGAGAAGGAUAUCGGAACAUGGCACGAUGCCGAAGGACACGUCUGCUGCAUACAUACCAAUAAGGAAGCAGCAGUCGCAACUGUCAAACGGAUUAGAGAGCUCGAGGCCCCAGGCGUAGAGGUGAUAGCCGCUCACGAUCCUGACUGGGAGAGAAUGAAUAGCGAUCGAUUCUUUGAUGCUACUUGA